AACACCAAAGAAGAAGAAGUGUUUCGAGGAAGUACGUUUGGGUUUUGUUAGCAAGCCGCAGCUGUAGCCUCGUGAUGGAUAAUACGUAAAUAAAUAAUGAUGCACCCAUGCGGUCGAUUCCCGGUCAUGUAACAAAAGCGGGAUUUUUUUGUACUAACAUUUGUAUAUUAGUUUGUGUGUUGUAAUGGCCAGCGGGAGUGGUAGCGGAUUGGCGUCAAACCAAAACAGCCAAGAGGCUGCAUCAAACUCGUCUCAGUGUGGAGCCGUGGCGUCGUUGUCUAACAUACCAGUGUCCGCUCCCGGACCGUCCGCCUCCCCGCCUGUCCUCGGCCUUCACCGGGAGCCCAUGUACAACUGGCAGGCGACCAAGAGUUCACUGAAAGAGCGCUUCGCCUUCCUCUUCAACAACGAGCUGCUCAGCGACGUCAGGUUCAUAGUGGGGAAAGGCAGACAGGCCCAGAGGAUACCGGCUCAUAAAUUCGUCCUGGCCGCAGGCAGCGCCGUCUUUGAUGCCAUGUUCAACGGAGGAAUGGCCACGACCUCGACUGAAAUAGAGCUCCCAGAUGUGGAGCCAGCAGCCUUCCUCUCCUUGCUCAGGUUCCUGUAUUCUGACGAGGUCCACAUUGGUCCGGAGACGGUGAUGACGACUCUGUAUACAGCCAAGAAAUAUGCCCUCCCUGCCCUGGAGAGCCACUGUGUGGAGUUCCUCACUAAACACCUCAGAGCUGACAACGCCUUCAUGCUUCUCACUCAGGCGAGGUUAUUUGACGAGCCUCAACUUGCCAGUCUCUGCUUGGACACUAUAGACAAAAGCACUGCAGAUGCAAUAAACGCAGAAGGUUUUACGGACAUUGACCUCGACACUUUAUGUGCUGUGCUCGAGAGAGACACGCUCAGCAUCAGGGAGAACCGUCUGUUUGAAGCGGUGGUGCGCUGGGCAGAGGCGGAGUGUUACAGGCAACAGCUUCCCCCGACCCCGGAGAACAAGCAGAGUGUUCUGGGCAAAGCUCUCCCACUCAUCCGCUUCCCGCUCAUGACUGUUGAGGAGUUUGCUGCCGGGCCUGCCCAGUCUGGAAUAUUGUUCGAUCGGGAGGUGGUAAAUCUGUUUUUACACUUUACAGUAAACCCCAAACCACGGGUCGACUACAUUGACAGACCUCGCUGCUGCCUCAGGGGGGAGGAGUGCAGCAUUAAUAGAUUUCAGCAGGUUGAGAGUCGAUGGGGGUACAGCGGCACCAGCGAUAGAAUCAGAUUUAAUGUUAACAGAAGAAUUUCAAUAGUGGGGUUUGGCUUGUAUGGCUCAAUACAUGGACCCACAGACUAUCAGGUCAACAUCCAGAUCAUGGAGAGUGACAAACGCAUCACACUGGGGCAGAAUGACACGGGUUUCAGCUGCGACGGCACAGCUAACACCUUUCGAGUGAUGUUCAAGGAGCCUGUUGAGAUCCUGCCCAAUGUCAGCUACACUGCAUGUGCUACUUUAAAAGGUCCAGAUUCACAUUACGGCACCAAAGGGUUGAAGAAAGUGACCCAGGAGUCGUCAACAGGGACAAAGACAACGUUUCUCUUCUUUAGCUCGCCUGGAAAUAACAACGGCACGUCAGUGGAGGAUGGGCAGAUACCUGAAAUCAUCUACUAUAUAUAGACUCAUCAUGCUGCCAUACUGGUACGUUAAACUGGGGAGACCUCAGACUACUGGGGUCACUGGACUGAUAGAAAUGGACAUUGUGCCUCUGGACCCCUGGAAUAAUAAUUGUGUGUUUAUGUGAGUGUGGUGUGUGUAAGGAUCUGUAUAAAACAGUGGUGUACAUAUGUAAUCAAGAAUGUUGGAGAGUUUGUGGAGAAAAUCUCAGCUAUGUUGACAAAAAAUGAAAGGAAAACCCUUUUUUCCCCCCAAGUUGUAAAUAAUCUAAAAAUCCUGUUUGUUACGCGAUAAAACAGCAUUAGUGUGCAAAGACAUUUGACAUGCCAAUUUAUUUAUGCUGAGUCGUUUGACGGUAUGAUUUCAUAUUUUUAUUCACUGUGAUCAUUUAUGUAGCACCUGUCUAAGAGUUUUGUUUUGUAUCACAUACAUGCUCCAUCGUUGGUGGUGUGCUUUUGCCAGUGCUGUAACUUAUAGUUCACUCAAAUGUAAAAAAAAGAAAACAUGUUCUGAGACAUUCAUGAAUAAACGAAUGAGUAAAUGGUC